GGGAAAUUGUAGACCAACGUAACAAAAAAAAGAAUCUCGCGGAGGCCCCCUGAGUGAAUAAAUGAAUGAAUGAAGGAGAAGGGAAGAUUCGAUGGAAAUGAUGUCGGAUGAAGUGAGACGAUGCCGGGAGAUAAAAGAUAUUCGAGUGCAAGGAGCAGGACAUAGUAUAAUCAAAAUGCUCGACGUUCUCAAGCACAUUUGAAUACAACAAGGCGAAAAUCAUCAAGAAUGACCGACGUACUCAAGGAUGUAGUCGUGGGGGUCGCAGGAACGGGAAUGAUGGGUAGCGCUCAUGCGUUUCGGCAUACUGCGGUUGGAUUUCCCAUGAUGAUCGGCUCACGGGAUCCCCAAAAAGCGCAACAGCUUGCAACUGAAAUCGAACAGCAGUUGACGUUGAAGAGCGCUGCUCCUCGAGUUCGAUUCGCGGGUGCGAGCUACAAGGGCAUGGUCGAGAGGUAUGAAGCGAAAAUCUGUUAUCAUUGAUUAUCAAGUUUCUUAAGUAGAAAGGUAUGGCAAUGAUAGCAGAUUUGCGUUUCAUAAGCGGGCUAACUUCAUCAUUCUCGCCAUUCCAGCGACAGAGUUGAGGAACUUUAUCGAUGCGUAUCGUGAGGACAUCGUCAGCAAGAAAAAGUGCUUUAUGGAUUUGCCUGUGACAUUUUCGCGCUACGGUAGUUCUCAAGUGCUGCCACCGACGACAUCGGAUGGGCCCAAUUGGCGCGGACCUUACUUCGAUAUGAUCAACUAUUUGAGCGAUCGCCUGAACGAUCCGUCCACGGGUUUCGUGAAGGCUUGGCACAACUUGUACUUCAAGAGUAUCAUGAACAACAAAGUGCAGCCUGUAGAGUGUGGAGGCCAUCCGAGAGCAAAAGCUAUCGCGAUGGCAAUGAUGGCAAAAGAAGGCUGGGAGCCUCUGGAUUGCGGUGGGAUGGAGGACUUACUCAGAAUUGAGACUGGCUUUCACGAGAGCAGAGUACGCGACCCCAUACACUUAGAGUUUGACGGGCCCAAUCAUCCUUGAUUCUAAUGCUCUUUGAAGAAGAUGCUGAGUGAAGCGCGUGACCUCUUCGUGCCCACUAGUGGCACAUGGCCUUUCAU